GACUAUUUGGUUCACAGUUAAAUCGAGUCAACGAGUAAGUGAUUAAUUGAAUUUUUUAAGAAAAUGUUGCCAAAAACGAAGUUUCUGCUUGUCCUUGUGGCCGCCGUGAUGCAGAUUUGUACCGGCGCCUCGAUUAAGCAGCGCAUUUACGCGAACGAGGAAACCUUAGAUGGCGAAGGGAGGUACGUCCUGCGAUGGGAUGUGGUCCAAGACACGAUCGAGUUUCAAGUCGAGGCGGGAACUUUGGGUUUCGUCGGGUUUGGAAUUUCCCCCUCGGGAACGAUGACCGGAGCGGAUAUUUUUAUUGCGGGGGUGAGACCAGAUGGAUCGACGUAUGGGCAGGAUUUCUAUGCAACUGGUGAAACCACGCCGAUCUUGGAUACUCAGCAAGAUUGGAGAUUACUGGAAGCGUAUGAAUUAACUGCGGAAAAUAAGACGAUUUUAAAAUUUUCGCGCCUCUUGAACACUUGUGAUGAGCAGGAUUUUGCAAUCGGGAAUUAUACCAGCCGAGUCAUCUGGGCGCUCGGGGCCACAGAUUCGAUCGGCUAUCACGGUGCGACGAACAGGGGGACCAAGAGUAUGAAUUUAAUCCACGCCACGACCCCAGAAUUGGAUGUGUCCACCUUGCAAAAUUACACAAUUGCAGUAAACAUAACGAUGCCCACGAUUGACACGGCGUACUGGUGCACGUUCCAUAAGGGACCCACUUUGACGACCAAACACCAUAUCGUGGCGUUCGACACCCUGCUACCCAGCCUAGAAUCGUUCCAGCACACGCACCAUUUUGUAGUUUACACGUGUAAAGCCCCAGGAAAUCAGACGGACGAGGAGGCCUUUGAUCGCUUCACGUAUCAAAACGGGAACAUCGGAGAUCACUGUUUCACAACACAAGAACUCCCAAUAGCACAGUGUCAAUCGGUCAUCUACACGUGGGCGAAGGGCGGGAAGAUGAUGAUCUUCCCAGAAGAUGUCGGCUUCCCGAUCGGAGAAACUCCCACCGCACAAUAUUACAUGGUCGAAAUUCACUACGAUAAUCCACAGCUGUUGGAGGGCGUCUUUUUCGAAACGGGGUUGGCCAUGUAUCACACGCCCAACCUGAGGCCUAUCGAUGCCGGAAUUCUAGCUCUUGGGCAGUACGUGGACAUUUCGCUUACCGUCCCGCCAAAUCAGGACGCUUUCAAGGUUGUCGGCCAUUGUAGUCCUCAGUGCACUCAGGAAGCGUUAGAACCCGAAGGGAUAACUGUUUUCGCAUCAAUGCUACACUCACACAAAUCUGGCAGAAAAAUGCGAACCCGUCAUUUCCGAGGGAACGUUGAACUUCCCUGGAUAGAUUUCGAUAACCAGUACGAUUUCGACUUCCAACAGAAUAAAAUUCUUCUCGAGACUCGCCAAAUCCUUCCCGGAGACCAGAUGUCUUUCGAGUGUACGUACUCGUCUGUUUGGCGACGUGGAGAUCCCGUAAUCGGGGGACACUCAACGUACGAGGAAAUGUGCCAAAACUUGCUCUGGUACUACCCCAGGGGCGGGUUGGGUUGCAUGUCACGCUACGACGUGGACACCCAUCUGGCCGAUUUUGGUGUUGAAACGUAUCACACGGUGCAGGAAGCCUCGUCACUCAGGUACAUCAUCGACACGCCGGUAUCCAUCGCUGGGGAUUAUUUUGACCUCGUCGCGACCAAGUUUAACUGGACGGAAGAAUUUUUAAGGGCGUAUCAGGAGGAAAGAUUGAACGGGGACCAAAUGUCGCACUGCGGGACACUAAGGCCUACCAGAUAUCCAGAAAGUUUUGUAGAGUAUGUGCCAGUAGAUGAGUGUGCUCUGAAAGAAUGACGUGCCUUGCCAAGUAACGGACGAUGUCAUAAUAUGAAUAUAAAAAAUCGUUUAAUUCAAUGACAAAUAAACAUGUCUAUACACAUAGUAAAAUAAAAUUGUGCAAUAAAAAUCAAGAUUUUGAGUUAAAAAUA